GCGGAUAUGUUUAGAGCAGAACAGGGAAGAGAGAAACAGACACAAAACCAGUGAGUUAUGUGAACCUGUCCAAGAUGAUAUUACUAUUAGUCAGUCUUUUCCUUUGGAAUAUUCCUUCAUUUGCAUUUUCAGCAUCAUCUGAACCGAAAAUAAACUGCCUUAUCAUAAAUCUGGAAUAUGUUAACUGCACAUGGAGUGAGAUUGGGCUCAAGUACAAUUACAGUUUCCAGAGCUGGUUUUCACAUCACAAAAUUGUGAACUGUUCUACAUAUCACAGGAUUAACAGUGUUAAUGUGAGCUGCGCGUUCCCCUACCAAAAACCACAAAGGUUUAAUACGUUGUACACACGGCUGUACAGUGACAACGGCAGUUUGGUGACAGAGCAAGAACAUUUUCUAAAAGAAUAUGUGAAGCUUAACCCACCGUUCAACCUGUCUGUGGUGGAGAGAAAAGAUACUGAACUGUGGCUGUACUGGAACGUCACGAAUGAUGACAAAUCAUGUAUUGAGAGUCAAGUUCGUCACAGGACAGACAUUACCUGGAAGGACACCACCCCGGCCAGCAGGAGUUCCUUCAUUUUGUCUUUUCCCUCCAAAAAACGGUACGAGUUCCAGGUCAAGGCUCGAAUCUCAUCAACCUGCGGAGAGUCCAAGUUUUGGAGCGGCUGGAGUGAAUCGGUGUACUGGGGAUCUUUAAAGACCAACGACACAGAGAGUCUGGCUCCCAUAUCUGUGACGACACUGGUGCUGUAUACACUGGGAGCCACAACAAUACUGGUCAUCCUCUCCUGCUUGCUGGUCCAUAGUGAGAGAUUAAGAAUCAUUUUAAUACCAGUGGUACCAAAUGCAGGACGAAAUGUAAACCAGUACCUUACAUCCCGUUUUAAUUAUGAUGGCAAUAUUGAGAAAUGGCUGUCCAUGCCUAAAGAUCUGGAGAGCGGCUUCAAACCCAAUUUCACAGAGCGUGCCUGUCCUGUACGUGAGUACAGAAUGGUGUCCCAGUCCAGCAGUGACAGUGAAAGCAUCCUCUCAAACCCAACAGACCUGUCGUCAGAUUACCAAUGCAUGCAUAGCUAUUCAUCAGCCUCCACCAUACCUGGAUCUGCCGAAGCCCAGGACACAUCUCCUGUGGAUAACCCAGUAUCUGUCUUAAUCUGACGACUGAAUUUUAAAAAAAAUCAAAGCUUCAUCGCAAUGUUUUACGAAACUUGGUGAGUUUUAUGGCAUAAGGUACGUGAACACCAAAAAAAUUUGAAGGCAUGAUUCAAGCAGGUGGUCGUACAAAAUUUUUGCUCUCCGUGCAAUUUUUGUGUGUACAAUCUACAAAUCGAA